AAGAAACAAGUGCACUGAAUAGGAUCUUCACACUCCUCUUCAAAUUCACAGAUCCCCAUGCGGAGAUUUUUAUUAAUACACCACCCCCAACUCUCUCUCUUUUUUACCCUUUUCUUUGAGAAAAAUCCCAACACAAACACUAUAUAUAUAUGCCUCAUCUAUUCUAUCUAUGUAAUAACAGUAACGCAUAAACAGAGGAAACAGAGAAAUAUGGCAACAGAAACAAAAGCUGAUCAUUACAACAGCCAACUCUCUCUUAAGAACCUGCUCCGCAGCCAUUUCAACACCAAUUCACCACUUCUAUCAGCGCUAAACUCACUGCAACUUCUACUGGUGUUGGUUCUUUGUACUUGUACUUUUGCUGCCUUCUCGCAAUCCAUCGUCACGACUCUGCCGGGAUACGCCGGAGAUCUUCCCUUCAAACUUGAAACCGGAUAUGUGAGCGUGGGGGAGUGGAAUGACGUGCACCUAUUUUACUACUUCAUCGAGUCCGAGGGAAAUCCGAGAGAAGACCCUCUCAUUCUUUGGCUUACUGGAGGACCUGGUUGUUCUAGCUUCGGUGGACUAAUUUUUGAAAUAGGACCUUUACACUUCGAAAAAGAUUAUUUUGAUGGAACGUUUCCAAAUUUAGCAGUGAAUCCGUUUUCAUGGACAAAGGCCGCCAGCAUGAUAUUUUUAGACGCACCGGUUGGCGCUGGAUUCUCCUACGCUGAUAAUCCGGGGGGUUACGUUAGUAAUGACCUAUUAUAUGCAACAGACACUUACAAUUUCCUACUAAAGUGGCUGAUGGAUCACCCAACAUUUUUGUCGAAUGAGCUGUAUAUUGGCGGCGAUUCAUAUUCCGGCUUAAUCGUUCCAAUCGUUGUUCAGAAAAUAUACAAUGGAAAUUUUGAGGUUCCAGUGCAGCGACAACUUAAACUCCAAGGAUACAUACUUGGAAAUCCAGUAACAAGUCAACACGAUGAUAAGAAUGCAAGAAUUGAAUAUGCACACCGACUCACACUUUUAUCGGAUAAACUCUACAAGUCAAUAAAACACAACUGUCACGGGGAGUAUAUAAUUAUAGAUCCAAACAAUGCACCAUGCAUAAGGGAUCUCACACUGGUCAAUCAGUGCCUCGCCAACCUCUGCAUGGGACAAAUUCUGGAACCUAACUGUGCUUAUGCUUCAAGAAAUUCAAGUAAAUUGAAGUGGGAUAGAAGAUUUAUUGAAGAGGAACCAACAGAUUUCCUACUUCUACCAGUACUUCCUAAAUUCUGGUGCCGAACAUACAAUUAUAUUUCAUCUUAUAUUUGGGCAAAUGAUGAAAGGGUCCGACAAGCUCUUCACAUCCGAAAGGGAACAAAGGAAAAAUGGGCCAGGUGCAAUGAGUCCAUGGCCUAUACAGAAGUUGUCUUCAAUAGCCUCGAUUACCACCGAAACCUCAGCCAUACAACUCUUCGAGCUCUUAUUUACAGCGGGGAUCACGACAUGGCAGUUCCAUAUUUGGGAACCCACAAAUGGAUAGAGGCCUUGAAUUUAACUGUUGACGAGGAAUGGAGACCAUGGUUUGUUGAUGGCCAAAAUGGAGGGUACACAAUGAGUUAUGUAAGGAAAGGAUACCACCUGACGUUUGCAACUAUCAAGGCAAGAAAAAAAAAUUAAAUUGACAUCUGCAUCUAUUUCGAAAGGAGAACAUAAAUGUAUAUGAUUUUUAAUUGCUUAUUAUGCAGGGAGCAGAUCACACAGCUCCAGAGUACAAGCCUAAAGAAGCUCUUGCCAUGAUCGAAAGGUGGCUUGCUUUUUACAAUCUUUAAUGAACGCGAGAUCGAUUAGCAGCCAAAUCUAUCCAAUAAUUUCUUUGGUGUGCGUACGUCUGUUCAAUGCCGAUCGACUUUAUUAGAUCUUAUUUUAAGGCUAUUUGAAUAAAAAUCAGUGGAUUGAAUUGGUGAAGAUAACUUAUGCA